CUAAACUCAUCAACAAAUCACAAAGAAACAUAAACGUUAUGAAUAUCCCGAACAUUCCUAAACAUCCCAAAACAUCCUACGGUCCAUUGAAAGACGACACUUAACGCGGUUACGUCAUGGUAAAGCGGAUCUUUGAAAGACAAUACACAAAGUUCUAAACAAAGUCUCAUUCAUAUGUGAUUUCCAUUGACGUUAAAUAUGAAGACAUCUACAGGGGAGCGUUCUAUUAUGAAGUAAAAUUGAUUCGCUUGACAAUUAUUACAAAAUCAAAAAAAAAUUGAACGAAGAACUAUGGCAUUUAGAUCACAGACAAUGUUAUAUAUUUUGGUGGUAUGUUUAUCAUUGCAAAAGGUGCUCUGUCGCGACAUAUUUACUGCAUACAAUCAUAUGGCAAAACUCGCCUCCGUCGAGUUAGAACUCCACCGGGCCUUGGGAGAAUACAUAAAUUCAGAGGAGACAAAAUUGAGAGAGUUACGCAAAUUUUCCAACGAAAUAGCGAGCGCUAGACAGUUAAAUCUUGACACGGGGACGUCAUUAAUGGAGUACGCAGCCAAUCCAAUCCGCGCUUAUCGAAUGUUAAAGCGCUUUGUAGGAUCUUGGCGUCAAAUGAAGGAGACGAUGGAAGUGAACCAAGACCUACUUCUAGCUCGUUUAAGAACUUACAAAGAUCUUAUGCCAUCUGAGGUAGAUUUGGACGGUGCGUUGAAAGCAAUAGCACGCAUACAAGAAACCUACCGACUCCCCCCGUCUUACAUCAGCGCGGGCUUGCGUAAGGUUCCAACGAACGAAGAACAACUGGGAGUAGAGGAUAUUUUCACAAUCGGAAGAGACGCUUAUCGAAACGAGCAGUAUUUACAUACGAAGAUUUGGAUGAGAGAGGCAAGAAGACAAAUGAACGGAACAAGUUAUAAAAAUGGAGUGAAGAUGAGCGACAUUUUGGAUCAUCUGAGUUGGGUCGAGUACAAGUUGGGAAACAUACAAAACGCAGUCAACUACACAAGAGAAUGGUUACUUUUGGAGCCGGACCACGAAAGAGCGCAGACAAAUCUGAUAUACUUACAACGAGAGAGCGAGAGAAACAUGGAAAAAAUUGGCGAAAAACCUCGAAAACCGAAUGCAAGAAAACGAAAACGGAAACGAAAACUGAAACCACAUCAGAGAAAACGCUACGAUUACGAUAACUUUGAUUGGCCAACAGAGCGAGAAAACUACAAAAGGUUAUGUCGAGGGGACAGUAUUCUCACUUAUGAGGAAAAGCAGAACGUCAACAAGCUCAAGUGCUCGUUUUUCAACAAAGAUCCGCUUUUAAGAAUCAAACCUGCAAGAAUGGAGCGAGUAUGGGAAAAACCACCACUAUACAUAUUCAGAAACUUUGCCACAAAAGAAGAAAUUGAAGACCUUAAGGCGAUCUCUGAACCACAGCUUUCUAGAGCAACUGUACAUAAUCCAACGACGGGAGUAAUAGAGUUUGCGAGCUACAGGAUCAGUGAAUUUGCCUGGUUAAAUGACGAAGACGGACACACUGUGGCCAAAAUCAACGCAAGAUUAGGUGCCGUUACGCAGUUAGAUGUGACGACAGCUGAAGGUCUUCAGGUACAAAAUUAUGGAAUGGCCGGUCAAUAUGCUCCACACUUUGACUUCUCUCGGCUCAAACUUGAAAAAGCUCGCGCGGCCAAAGAAAGUGAACUGAAGUUGAUCAAGAGCUUUGGUGAUGGAAAUCGUAUCGCUACCGCCCUUUUAUACAUGAACAAAGCCGAGGCAGGUGGAGCGACAGUUUUCCCUUACGUCGGCGCACGACUUAAACCAUCGGAGGGUGACUUGGUCUUUUGGCACAAUUUGAUGAGAUCCGGAGACGGUGAUUUCAGAACGAGGCAUGCGGGAUGUCCCAUUAUCUCGGGGACAAAAUGGGUUGCCAACAAAUGGUUUCACGAACGCGGUCAGGAGUUCAAGCGUCCUUGUGGUCUGACGCCCGAUGCCGAAUAGAAAUAAUUCUUUCGGUAAGAACACGCAUGUUCAGUAUGAUCACGUGAUGUUAAGAGGACAGAAACAGUAAACGGAUGUCUUUUUCGUAAAUAUAGAUGCUAUGGAUAUCGUUUCGUUUGGAAAAUAAGCUUAGAGUAGAGAUUUCUCUCCAUCAAAUACUGAACUUAUAAAUAAGAAGAAUGUGUUUUUACACUUACUAGAUGAAACAAGGCACGUUUGAAAACAAAAGAAAGUGUUUAGGUAUUAGCAUUUUAUCGACACAACAUGCACAAGAAAAGAAGAAAAAAUAAUGUUAUAAAAACAGUUGUUGCCAGAAAUUUGUAAGCGAUAAACACGAGUAAGAAUUCUUCGUCCGUCAAUGAAGAUGUUAAGUGCCAUUUUAAUUACUUACAAUUGUAACGGGUUCCUGAAGAGCUUCAACUUUGGCAAAUUGAUAUCGCAAAGUGUGAUUUAAGAUUUCACUUGUCCUCCAUUAAUUUUCACUAUAGAUACAUAAAAAGAAUUAUCACACCUUCGUGAAACAAUAUAUUUUGUUUAUCAUCUGA